AUGGCAGAAGAAGUCGAAUUACCUGUGCCACUCUCUGGCAGGAAUGAUACCCACCGAAAGCCACCCAAGAAUUUCGAAAAGCCAAAUCCGACAGUGCUCCCAACUAGCUCUAGUUCAGCCAUGCUUCAUAUUUUCGAAUCCAUGAACGAGAUGGAACGAAACAAGCUGAUACAGAGCAUAGAGAAUCUGAGCUGGACACAAACUUGGGAUUUGACCAAACAAUUUGACAAACAGAGGAGAAAGAACAAUCCCAUGCAGCAUCCUCUGUUUGGCAUGGAAAACGAGAGUCACUCUUGCCCUGAGAUGCUCCCCGCAGCCAGGGAUGGACCUGGAGUCGAUAUGAGCAGCAAGGUCUAUCAAUUGCUCGCACAUCCCAGAAUUGCCGAAGGUGUCCAGGAACCUGAGCCAUGGGCAACAUCUGACCCACCCGACUUUAUUCCUGACAAUGCAUACGAAGACAGCGAAAAGACAGUCAAAGGAUCCAACAAUGUGAUGUCUAGGGCCCAUUGGAAUGCUCGGCACAAGAUUCAAGCCAAGGCAUAUGGAAAAUCUCGCCGUAUCUUCCCAAGCAUCCAUGAUGGGACCCUCACGUUCACAUCGGAAUCCCACAGCGCUAUGUACGAGCCCGAGAAAUCUCUUGCUGGUGACUGCACUUUGGACCUCGAAGGACAAAAUGAUCAUUGGCACGAACUCAAACACAGAAUUUCAUCGUUCGAUCUUCCCAACGCGGUUGUCAGAAACCAGUUUCGCAACUGGUGGGAUCAGCUUCCGGCCGGAUGCCAAGUUGACAUCUAUCAUGCUGCUUUCUUUGAUGGAACCGCGAUGCCCGACGGACAGUCUUCUAUGUUUCUGCCUGACACCAAGCAUAUCCCCGCCCCGAGGGACAUGAAAGAUGAGCCGACACGCCUGCAUUGGCACGAGACGUCAGAAGGCUAUGUGUACAACUUGGGGGAGGUCAACAAAAGACGAAAGAAGAAGGAACAGGAACAGCAAGAGCACCUGAGUCGCACCGCAGCUUACCGUGCUUGGCUAGAAUUACCACCAGAUUCAAAAGUUGUCCCACCUGGCGUCUACCUACGUCCUGCAGAGCAGUGUGAUGCUUCUUCUAUCCUUGAAAUCAUGAACUGGUAUGCACAAAACUCAGCUUUGAGCAGCGGAACCCGACCUAUGGAUGCGAAGGGCUUCGAGGAGUUUCUUCAAUUUUGCCGAGAUAACCACUUCCCCUUCGUCGUCGCUGCCCAACGUCCGCCGAAGCAGUUGUGCUGCAAUCAGAUCCACCCCGUGGUUGGCUACGCUUAUGUCGAAUUCCAUCGCCACGGCAAGAGCGCUGACAUGAAUAUGGGUGAGCUGCAUGUCUUCAUUCGAGAGGGCAGCAAGAAUCAGCACAUUGGGCGGGCACUUGUUGAUAUGGUCCUAUAUUGCUUUGAUGUGAACUCUGGAAAAAGCACCGAUUAUGAGUUUGACCAAACUGGCACAGUGCAGUAUGGACCGGGCUAUGGCCGCCAACUCACAACACUGAUUUGUGCCAUUGCAACAUCCCAAGAGACCCAUGAGGAGCAUGCCUGGAUCUAG